UCAGUGGGUUGAGCUGGUGAUAAUAUUGAAAGGAAAAGCACUAGAAUGAUGAGCCGUGCUGGCCUGUCAGUGGGAUGUCAUUCUUGAAAUAUGCCCAUUAUAGCUGCUUCUAAAUCAGUCAAUGUUUCCCAGAUGCUUGUUGCGCAAUGUACUCGCGCUGCAGUCGCACGGACACAUUUUGACAUGUUUAUUUCUCUCCAGUAGCUCGAGUGUGACGUCUCAUCUGUUGGCCGCCUCUCAGAUAUGUGCUGUGUGUGCUGGUGAGGUGCAGAGAUCAGAUAUCCGUGCAGCUGAGGAGCGGGGAACGGCGCGCCGAAAACAUGAAAGACGGGAGAGCAAGUUUUCCCGUGUGGAAAACGUUGCUGGUGGGGAUGUGCGUGCUGCUGCUUCUGGGCUGCGCGGGUUUGGUUCUGCUGUGGGUUCAGCACAAGGAGCUGGCAGAGGAGCUGGUCAGGCUGGAGUCCCAGAUGCAGGAGUUGGCACGGUGCUGCAGGCGGCAAGCAGGACCGCUGCCAGAUGAACUCGGAGAGACUGGAGAGUUGAGGAAACUCCGGCGCAGCAGACGGAACCAGCAGGGAGAGCAGGACAAGAUGAUGCUGGUCACAUACUCUGUGGUUCCUAUCAAAGCCUACGUAGAUCUGUGCAACAGCUCAAGAGGAUUUUGUUUAAUAGGUCCACCUGGACCCCCAGGUGUGCCUGGCCCACCAGGACCGACGGGUGCGCCGGGCCCACACGGCAGACGAGGACGGCCAGGUCCUCCUGGUCCUCCCUGUCCUGCUUGUUGUCCGACUGAAGCAACAAAGAAGAAUCACAGAAAUAAAUCAAAGGAUCGAGUUACAUCACAUUCAGGCAAUGAAACCAGAGACGCUCUGAAUGUUACUGGACCUGUGAAGCUUCAGGACACAAACCACGAAUCUGUAUCUUUUCCUCCAGAGGUUAAUUUUUCACUGAACAAUACCAGAACUGAAAAUGUCACACAGAUACCAAUUACACCAGUGCUUCUCUCUGUUGACUCCGGUGGAAACGCCGAUCCUUCAGCUGGUGGCUCAGAUGUCACUGAUGGCACAUCAGCAAAUGAGUUAGUUUCGCCUCGUCCAGACUAUUCACCUGCACACUGGAUGAACACCAGCUCAGAAAUCAGAACAGAAACGUUAAAACAUUUGACAACAGAAAUACCGAAACCUCAUCCAGCUGAAAAUAUCCUGAAUGGCUCAGAGUUUAAGGAACAUCUGGACACAAAACGUGAGCCUGAGUCAGAGCUGAUUUAUAAAAAUGACUGGGACUCUAGAAAUGCUACAGAGGGAGUUAAAUUCAUUAGCGAUGAAGCUGGCGAAGAACAAAACAAGAACACCUUCAACGCCAGCAGGGUGCAAAUGAGCUCUGAAAGCGAACGACCAACACUACGCUCAGAUAACAUCACCAGAGAGACAUUUAAUGUUUCUGAACAUAACAAUCAACAUAAAACAAGCACAGAUCCUGAAUUGUUCGAUGAUGGAGACCACACCAGGACUCUCAACGAUACAGAGGGUAAAAACAUUACAGAUGGGUGGAUCAAAUUAUUACGAGGAGCACUUGGUAAAAUCCUAAACAGGGAUGCUUUCAACGAAAGCAAGGUCAACACUGAAACAAGAUUUAAAAGUGAUCCACCAAUGCGAGAAGCGGCUAAUGUCACCAGAGACGCUAAUGAUGUUUCUGAAUUUUACAACCAACUGAGUACGCAAGGUGACCCUGGACCAGAGCCGUUUCAUGAAGGUGUUGGCAACGGGACUUUGAAUGAUUCAGAGGCAACAAACGCUACAGAAGGAUGGGGCGACAUGUUAAGUGAUCCACUUGGUACAGACCAGAGCAAAGACACUCUGAGUGACAGAAGAGACACGAAAACCAGCAUUAAAAGUAUACAACCAACACGAGACUCAGCUAAUGUCACCACAGAUGCUUUUAUUGUUUCUGGCUCUUCUGAACAUCAAGAUGAAAAGAUACAACCUGAUCCAAAGCCGACUGAUGAAGGUGAAACGGUAGAGAAUCCAGAGAGACCAAUAAAAUUAUUACACGGUCCAGUUGACGCCUUCAAUGACAGCAGAGGACGGGUCGUCACAGAAACAAGCUUUGAAAGUGAAACAUCAACAGGACAUUCAGCUAACAACAACGGAGGCACCUUAGAUAUUUCUGAGUUUUACAAUCCUCCAAAUAAAAAACUGGAAUCGGAUCAAGUUUCAUUUCAAGAUGACAACAAUGGGACUCUGAAUGAUUUGGAUGGUGGAAAUGCAACAUAUGUGCCAUUAAAACUAUUUCCAGGAUCGAGUGAAACCAAACGAAGCAGCAAAACUUUCACUUCCGACACAGUCACGAAUGAAACUACAGUAAAAAAUGUUUCACCUUCUGCUGAUGAAAGUCAGAGAAGAAACUCUUCGAACGGCAGCAGAAACAUUGUAGACAAACCGAUGAAAAGUGAGUCUUCCCAACGUGUCCCAACCGACAAGAAGAGCAAAGGAGCUGACCAUGAAAAAAUGACAAAAACGGGUUGCAACAUUAAAGCCAUCAGAUGUUCAGAUAAGUCUAUUGACAUGCACUCCACAUUCGGAGCCUGGAUGUCGGAUGCAUCCCGGCCUGAUGAUCGGAUCUGGGUGGCAGAGCAUUUUUCAGGUCGUGAACUGAAGCAGUUCAAGAACAUUUCAAUGCUUUCGGACACCAAACACCAACGUCUAGAUAUUAAUAAGUUCUACCAAGGCUGCGGUCAUGUUGUUUAUAAGGAAUCAUUUUACUUUCACAAUGGAGGAACAUAUAAUCUUUGGAAGUUUGCCUUGAAAACAAAGAAUACAAGCUCCCUGCGAAUGCCGAACAGCAGAUAUAAAGGCCUGACAUAUCUUUUCCACAACUCAAAGACUUAUUUCAAGUUUGCUGUGGAUGAAAAUGGACUGUGGGUCAUCUUUGCCUCUUCCAUAGACAACAACACGGUGGUGGCUAAACUCGACCCAGAUGCUUUCUCUGUGCUGUCCUUAAUCAACACUGGCUAUCCUUCAGCUAAAGCAGGAAAUGCCUUCAUUUUGUGCGGGGUGGUGUAUUUUACCGAUAACAGCGACAAGCGUGUGACAUAUGCCUUUGAUUUGAUGACACAGAGACAUCUGGAUGCAAGUUUUGAUUUAAGGGCAGGAGACGGUACCUUAGCUAUGCUGUCCUAUUAUCCCAGCAAAAGACUGUUGUACAUGUGGGACAACAAAACUGCGAGAACGUGUAGGAUUAAAUUCAAGAACACCUAAAAAAGUCUUACAAGUAACCCUGUUUUGGAAAAAGUGCUUUAAAAACAAAAUCUAUAAUUUUUUUCUGUCUUGCAAUAAAUAUGACUGUUGACAUAUUGA